AUGGCUCCUGGAAAGUGGGACGACGAGGAAGAGGGCAGCACGCCUGCCACCUCUCCAACAAUAGCGCCCAUCUCGCGCCGCAGCAAGUUCGACGACGAGGAAGAAGAUGACGAUGUACUAGAAUCAUGGGACGCGGCCGAAGACUCUGAAGUAGAGCGCGAAAAGGCGAAGAAGGCGGCUGAGGCCAAGGCGAAGGCAGAGGCAGAGGCCAAGGCAAACCACAAGUCCAAGGCGCAACGAAUCGAGGAGCACAGACAGGCCGCUCUCCGCCGGCGGCAGAUGGAAGAUGACGGCGAGACGGACGAAGACGAGACUGAGGCCGAACGUCGUGCACGCCUCCGCCAGCAGGAAGUUGACGGCUCGCGCGCCCAAGCCGAAGAACUCUUUGGCGACCUCAGCAUCAGCAACAAGCGCGCAGGCAAGGCCGUCACCAUCACAGAUGAGGGCGACCCGGGCAAGGCCAUCGACCUCUCGUCGCUCGCAAUCUUCAACCCAAACACCAAAGACCAAUUCACCAAGCUGCGCGAAACCCUCACACCUCUGCUCGUGGCAAACUCCAAGAAGGGGCAAUACUCGCUGUUCCUGCAGGAGUUUACAAAGCAGAUUGCAAAGGAGCUGCCGAGUGAGCAGAUUAAGAAGAUUGCCUCUGGCCUGACGACGCUGAGCAACGAGAAGAUGAAGGAGGAGAAGGCGGCGGAGAAGGGCGGCAAGAAGUCAAAGGCGGCAAAGACCAAGACGACGCUUAAUGCGAGUAGGGACGUGGGUGUUCGCGCGGAUACUAGGGCAUAUGAUGAUGAGGACUUUGGCGAUGAUGAUUUUAUGUGA